AAAGCCACCAUGCCUCCCAUCCGCAACUACAUGGACCAUGAGUGGACCGACUUCGAGAUGCACACCAUGCUCUGCCUCAUCACAAAAGGUGUUCACCUCGAAGGUCAUGGCAAGGUCAAGAGAUCGGAAGAUCCCAACACAGCAAAGAGAAAUGCCUAUCUGACCUUCGCAACCACCCUCAACGACGCCCUCCAUGGUACCGACUAUGAGCACGAUAUCCACAAGAAGGAAGUUACGCGUAUGCUCAAUCACCUCGUUCUCAAGCAUAAGGCUAUUGUUGGCAAAGGGGGCUUGGCUGAGAGACAAUAUGGUGGUCGGGUUACCAGGGCUUUGAGGCUUGCUUGGCAGAGAAGUUUGGGCCAAAAUGCUGAGACCGGGAAGAACUACAUUGGGGUGCCUAGUUCUCUUGAUUUCGAUGGCAGUAUCUCGGAGUGGAACCAGUGGAGACGCAAGGCCGUUGAGAACAAACGCCGCGCUAGGUUGGGUUUGGCUCUGCUUGCGAGUGUUGAUGCUGAGCGGGAGCUUGCUGAGGAAAUUGAGAAACAGAACCAAGGUGGGCCCCUUGGCGAUGCUCGUGGUGGUCGGAAUCUGAAGCUCCCUGCGCGAAAAUGGCGUAGCCAGCAGCAAAAUACUUUGUCUGAUAAGUAUGUCAUCGAUGAAGCAGAUCAAGGAGACGCCCCCACCACGGCAAGCGACAAAACCGUCCAGACAAAGCUUGACUCGUUCAAUGUUCUCCCGGCCAAUGUCCGUUCCGCAGGCAAAUUCCAAUGGGCCAACCCUGAAGCACGCCAACAAGCCUUUCUUGGAGGUCUUCGUGGCGCUGCUGCUAUUGCAGCCUUCCAGAACGUUAGUGUGGAGUCUCCUCGAGGUUCAGGAGAUCAUCAUGGUCAGGGCAGCUCCUCCCGCAGCCGCUCGACCCGUGAGUCUUACGUCCCACCCAUCAACUCCCACUACUCCGGCUCUGGCCCCCAACAUGGCUCUGGCAUGUCUGCUCAUGCUCAAGGAACUUCCGAAUUCGCCCCAGGUCUCACCCAUGACUACUCUUCCUCUGAUGGUAUCGGUACAUUAACCAACACUUCUAUCAAAUCCAAUGGCCAUCAUCCUCGUCUCCAAUACUCUGGCGACAUGACCCCUCUCGAUCUCAAUGAUGGCCAUGCUAAUACCCUUGCCAAGGGACUUGGUCCUGUCGCUUCUUCCAACGAAGUUGCUGCAGAGCAGGUUUCCUCCACCGAGGUUGCUGGUGAGGGAGGCGAGGUUGAGAUGGGUGGUCUUGAGGAGGGACAAAUCUGGGCUGAUUUGGACUCUGCCAGAGGCUUCGCUUAUUGAUUUUCUUCUCUGCUUUGGGGAUGUUGACCCUUCCUUUGCCUCUUUCUCUCUCUCAAGUUAAUGAAUAAUGCGGUAUUUUACAACCCAUUGCAUUGCGCACGGCGUUAGUAGGACAAUGGAUGCGAAAUUACGAAUAAACGAUGCAUGAAGCAGCUUUACCUGCCUUAAGCAGGAAUGGGCGGCACCUUC